AUGGCUGCCUGCAACACCACCAAGCUUCUAAACCUCAUCUCCAUUACCUUCUUCUUCAUAGCUUUCUUCUCCACCAAAACCCUAGCUCAAUGCGAAGAAGCAACCAACAAUGCCUGCAACAACAAAUCCAAAGCUCUGCCAUUAAAGCUCAUCGGCAUUGCUACAAUCCUCAUAACCAGCAUCAUCGGCGUCUGUCUUCCUCUCAUCACCCGUUCGAUCCCCGCCCUCAGCCCUGACCGGAGCCUUUUCGUCAUCGUUAAAGCUUUUGCCUCCGGCAUCAUUCUGGCCACCGGAUUCAUGCAUGUCUUGCCGGAUUCUUUCGAUAUGUUGAGGUCCAGUUGCUUGGCUGAUAACCCUUGGCAUAAGUUUCCGUUUACUGGUUUUGUGGCUAUGUUAUCUGCUAUUUUUACACUUAUGGUGGAUUCCAUGGCUACCAGUAUGUAUACCAAGAAGAAUAACUCCGUCUUCGCUGAAGGUGGUGAUCAGGCUGCCGGCCGCAGCGGAGACCAUGAGAUGGCGGUGGCGAGUAGUGGUCAUGGACACCAUCAUAGCCACCACCAUGGUGCUCAAAAGGGACCAAUUGGUUCACAAUUACUACGUUAUCGCGUUGUUGCCAUGGUGAUGGAGCUUGGAAUAGUGGUUCACUCAGUUGUAAUUGGACUGGGUGUUGGAGCUUCAAACGACAUCUGCGUCAUCAAACCAUUGAUUGCAGCUCUUUGUUUCCAUCAAAUGUUUGAAGGCAUGGGUCUUGGUGGUUGCAUCCUACAGGCUGAAUACAAGAUGAUGAAGAAAGCAAUGUUGGUGUUUUUCUUUUCGAUAACGACUCCGUUUGGGAUUGCGUUAGGGAUCGGGUUAGCAAAGACGUACAAGGAGAACAGCCCAAGCGCGUUGAUCACCGUGGGAUUACUCAACGCUUCUUCCGCUGGUCUCCUAAUCUACAUGGCUAUGGUGGAUCUUCUUGCGGCUGAUUUUAUGGGUCCGAAACUUCAAGGGAGUAUUAAGCUUCAACUUAAAGCGUUCUCGGCGGUCUUGCUAGGCGCCGGGGGGAUGUCUGUAAUGGCCAAAUGGGCUUAAAAACCAACAACUUAACCAUCAAAAUCCAAUUGAUUCUUCAUUUAGGUUUUGAAACUCUUAUGUCGUGAUGUAUCUAAGUUUAAUUGUUGUCCCUAUCGUUUUGUAUAACUCCAUGCCACGAUAUUAAUUGUUGCUUCUUUGACGUUAAACUUAACAAUCAAUGUGUAUGUGAUCGUUUUGUUUUA